UGAAGUGGCAUCAACCUCCGCCCAUAAACUCUGCCACUUCCUCUUCGCGUUUAAAUGCCACCAGCGACUCUGAUCUGCCGACACCGAUGACUGUGGGAAGAAUUGAAGUUUUUAUUACGGAUUCUCUAAGGAAAAGACUGGCUGAGUCGCGACUUCCGUGGUAAAGUGAAGAGCUUGCUGGAAAUGAUUAUCCUCUCUGAGGAUAAUGAAACAAGCGGCGCUAGACGCGUAUUCAGUACUUGAAGACCGUUCAUGAGAAGAAACGCUUACACUCAUCCACUGAUGUUCAACUUUGUGAUCAAAACAAACGCACGUCGGACUGCGUCAAACCGACAAGGAUGGUCUAUGAUCUCUUUUUUGGAUCUGCAAGGAUAUGAAGUGACACCGGGGCUGGACUGACCUUUGUGCUGUGCUCUGCGCAACACAACUUGAAACACUUACUCAAACACACAUGCACGGUGAUACGCAUGGUGUUACAAGGGCGGAAAACAAUGUGCCUACUUGUGACAGUGUAGUUAGAAGAAACAACAUGUCUUUCCAGCACAGAUGGCAAGUUUCAUUGGGGACCUUGCUUGUGAUAGCAGGCCUGGUGCUGUUUAUGACUAUGGAUAUGUACAUUGUUCUUAUUGGCAUGGCUAUAGUGUGUCUGGGCCUCUUUAUUCUCAUCCGUGCCUUCUGCGUGGUCAUUAAAUCCAGUCAUGUAGCUGUGCCGGGUCACUUUCUUCUACACCCGCGAACGGGAACCCGUUACACCCACCAUCAAGCCAUUGCGGUGCAAAGGAGGCUGGACCGGAUCCGGAGGGCUACAGCAGAGGAGCACAGUCCAGUCCCAGUGCCUCCACCCUCAGACACCAGUCCACAGAGCCAACCUGCAACCCCUCCUCCCUGGCAAAUGGAGCCGCCGCCGUCCUAUGAGACUGUUAUGAAGACCACUACAGCUGUAAACCAACUAUAAACACUGCUUUGACUGAUUGACAAGCUGGUCCCGUUGGGGUGCAUAGUAAUUAUUUUCAUCUUUUGGCUGAUAACCGAUAAAUGGCAGAGUAAAAUUAAAAUCUGAACUACUUAAGCAUUUUAAAUGAUACAACUGAAUGUAGGAGUCAAAACACAGCGAUGUGCAGUAUGAAAGAUGGAUAUUUAGCUUUCAUUUUGCUAAAAAAAUCGGUUUGAAUGAAAAAACAAAGUAACUUAACUAAUUUUUAUGCAUGAACGCACACAGCUCUGCAUGCACUCUAAAAGAGACAAUGCACUUAAAUAGUUAUAUCUUUUUAUAUCUCUAUCCCGUUUUGUUAUAGUACAUACAGACUGCAAAAGUAAUCUAAACCUAAAAGGGAAACAAGUUUACAAGCAUACACAAUAUUGAAUGAUAAGCGAUAUCUUGUGCAGCUCUAUUUCUCUACCUAUCUCUAAUCUUUUCUAAAAGUGCCUUAAUUGACAAUAAAUUACAGUUUUGUAAUUUUGUACUGGUAUGGACUUAUCUUAUCUUGUCUUGGCUGAUGGGAUAAACUAUAUAUGUUUUAAAGCCAAUAAUUAAAGUUAUUGGUUUCAAAACAAAACUAAAAAAUUAGAUUUUAAAAACUUAAAGUUCCUUGAAUCAUCAUUAUCUUCUUGAAGUUUGAGAGACCCAAGGCCAUUUCAAGAGUUCAAAAACUAUUACCAUUGGAGAUGGUUUUCUAAGUUGUUUACUUUCAUGUGUUUCAUUGUAUUUCUCUGCAGUGUUUUUAUCAGUGUCAAAAACAAAAGCAGUGUUACUAAAACAGAUACCAGUCGCAGUGAUAAAAUAUCCAUUCUUACUUUGUGGUAAAAAAAACAA